UUUACGGGUGGGUGUCAAUGCUCCUUCAGGUUACCGCGUACUUGGUAGUGUUCCGUGAUGUGUUAAAGAACCGUUGAAACCAAUGGUGAAGACUAUGAUACGAAAGAACGGAAAGUAUUUGUACCAUGCUCUUUAAAGGCAACAGUUCCAAGCUGGAAUUGUUAAUAGAGAAGAUACAAGCAAAUAAGGAAAACGGUCCUGACAGCAAAACCGGCAGUGUGGCGAAUGAAGAGGUGAGCGUGGGCGGGUCAUCAUGGGACGUGGGCUCUGAUGGGCGGGGUUCCCUCUCUCCUGCAUCAUCUGCCACGCCCACUUCUGCCUCGGAGACGGACGUGGAGGCAGCAGCCACGGUGGGCGUGACCCAGACCACGCCCUACCAGUGUUCCUUCUGUGAUCGGGCAUUUCCUCGUCUCUCCUACCUCAAGCGCCACGAGCAGACUCAUGCUGAUCAGCUGCCAUUUCGCUGCGAGUUUUGUGGACGCCUUUUCAAGCACAAGCGCUCCCGGGAUCGACAUGUCAAGCUGCACACCGGUGACAAGAAGUACAAGUGCUGUCACUGUGAGGCUGCCUUCUCUAGGAGUGACCAUCUCAAGAUUCACAAGAAGACUCAUGAUACUCAGAAACCAUACCAAUGUUCUGUAUGCAACCGCGGGUACAACACUGCCGCAGCUCUGACUGCCCACAUGCAGAAUCAUAAGGCUAAACUAACUGCACAUGCUCUCAACCAGCUACUGAAGGAUGCUCAAGCACCAGGAGAAACCCAUGCUCUAACCCAGCUCCUGAGGGACUCUUCAGGGGAUGCUCACUCUCAAGCCCUGAAUCACUUGUUAAAGGAUACUCAGAAAGAGCAGCUUUUAAGUCCAAAGGGAAUAGAGCUAGGAGUGGGUUCUUCACCGAGAGAUGUAACAACUUCUCCAGUUGGCGACCCCUCGCCCACGUUGUCCCCAGUGAUCACUGUCCGCUGCCCAAUCUGUCAUGCACACUGUAGAAAUCAAGCCCAUUUACAGCGUCACCUAUCUCGUUAUCAUGGAGAAGAGUUACAUGCAGUAUCAACGGAGCGUCCUGCAUCACGUAGUGGGGGCUCUGGAGCUUCAUCAAUAGGUGGUGCGUCUUCGGCAGCUUCAACUCCAUCUCCCCGCCCACCAUCUUCUCUUCCUUCUCCCAGGCCUCUGCCCAAUCCCCUGCUAUCACUUGUAGGGGGAAAGUUAGCCUGUCUUUACUGCUCAAGAGAUGGGUUUCCUUCUCUAGAAGCCCUACAACUACAUUUGCAGUCUGCUCAUGGGUCUGUAUUGAAUGGUGAAGUGAGAGACAUGGCCACUAUGUUGGGUCUGCCAUCAUCUUUAGGCACAUCUCUUGGAGCCAGCGGCUUAGCUACCUCCAUUGCUUCCCCGCUUGGCCCUGGAUCAUCACGAGGAGUCAGCUGUGAGCUGUGUGGUGCCCGUGUGGGGGGAGUCACAGCCUUGCAGCGACACGUAGUAACAGCCCACACUUUCACAGAUCUGUUGGCACGUGCUGCUGAAGGGGUCUUCUGUGCACAAUGUCUCCUGCCCUUCAGCAACCCAGGUGCCUUAGCUGAACACAUUAAGCUUGUUCAUGCUGCACCCGUACUAUCAGCAGUGCUCAAUAAACGCCCACCUUCCCCUCCUACUGAUACACCUACCGACCUAAGUAAAAAGUCCCGUCAUGAAAGUUUGACUUCAGAUCUUCCUGCCUCCACACUACUUUGCAGCCAGUGCAAUGCUCCUUUUACAAACUUCGAAGCUUUCCGUAGGCAUCUCAAAUCUCAUCUGGAUGGAGGAGAGCAACUUUCAUCAACAGUGGCUGGUGCGAUGCAGCUAGCUUGCCCAGAGUGCCGGUUACCAUUAACAUCAGAAACUGCAUUAGAAGCUCACCUGGCCACCCAUUUGAGUAUCACUUCUACUGAAUAUGGCUGUCAGGCUUGUCUGAAACUUUUUUCGAAGCCAGAUGAGUUACAAAAACACCUAAUGGACAUUCAUGCACACCAUCUUUACCGGUGUGCUCUAUGCAAGGAGAUGUUUGAUUCUAAAGUGUCAAUCCAGGUUCACUUUGCUGUAAAACACAGUAAUGAGUGUAAAAUAAACAAGUGUUCCCGAUGUUCACUCAUAUUCCGGUCUCAGUCUGAAUUUGAAGGGCACAUACGUACAAGUCAUAUGCGACGAGGGCAGUCUGGUGGGGACCCUAUAUCAGGUGGUGGAUCUAUUGGUGUAUCUGGAGGGUCUUACCGUUGUUUGCUGUGCACCCUAACUCUAAGCUCUGAGGCAGAGUUGGGUGCUCAUGUUGCCACACACCAGCGCCAAUUUCAGUGUUCUCUCUGUGAUGAUGCCUUUUAUGUUGAAUUCCUCUUGGACAAACAUAUGCAAACUCAGCACAACUCUGAGCUUAAUGGUAAUGUACCUCAACCAGAGAACUUGGCAAAGCCUCGCCGUAGUCCCCAGAAAAAGGAUUUACGGUGUGAUAUAUGUGAUGCAGAAUUUUCCUCUGAAUCAGGUUUGCUGAAUCAUAGGAAACAAGCUCACAACAUAAAGAGUGGUUCUGGUGGCAUUGCUGCUAAGGUAGCAGCUGCAUCUUUGAGUCUGUUUUGUGCAUAUUGUAGUGAGGCCUGCAAAUCUCGAGGUGACCUUGAAGCCCAUAUGAAGUCACACCAAGGAAAUGGUGGUCGUCAUAAAUGUAAUAUCUGUGAUGAAUUGUGUCCAUCAGCUGCUCUUUUAGCUCAACAUAAACUCACACAUGUUAAAGUAGUAUCUGGUAGUGCAUGUGCGGUAUGUCGGGAGCCCUUAACAUCAGAGCAGCAAUUCACAAACCAUCAAAAUGAACAUCAUCCAUCACCACUGCCUCAGCCGUGUGUAGUAUGCAGACAGACAUUAGUUACAGACAUGGAAGUUACUGUCCAUGCACGUUUCCAUGCUGCUCAGGCUGCCCAAGCAGCUGCAGCUGCAUCUAUUGCAUCAGGUAUCUUCAGUAGUGGUGAAUUACUCCCUCCUUCAUCGAAUUCCUCAAUUAUCACUACUGCUGCCACUGUUUCUACUGUAACCACUAAUAGCAACAGCAACAGUCGUAGCAGCAGCAGUCCUCGACAUUCUCCAUCACUAAGGUGUUCCGAGUGUCAUUUAAAGCUGGAGACCAUUGAGGAAGCUGAAGCCCAUGCUGCCGCCCACCAUCAACAGCAUCAACAAGGCUUUGGUCGUUCCAUAACAGCGUCUUCUCGUACCUAUCAGUGCAUCAAGUGUCAAGAAAGCUUUGCAUCAGAAGCAGAAAUAGAAGCCCAUGUAGCUUCUCACCUCUUGCAUGAAGGAUCAGUACACGAGUGUCACUUAUGCCGCGCCACUUUUGACACCCCUCUCCGUCUCCAGUGUCAUUUAAUAGAGCACACAUUUGAAGGUUGUGGUAGCUUUACCUGUUACAUGUGCUCCUCAGUGUUUACCACUGCAUCACGGCUGCAACAACAUAUGGUGGAACAUGGCCUAAGUGCUCGUCCUUAUGACUGUCACCACUGCCAUCAGCGAUUCUUCUUUCGCGCUGAACUGGAAAACCAUGCACUCUCUCACCCUGAAGCUUCAGAUGGUGGAUGUCGCGAGUGUAGUUCAAGUUUUCCUGAACUGCCUCGUCGUAGUUUAAGGCGGCCGUCCCUCUCCUGCAUAUCAUCUGCCCAGCAUGGAGGAGCUCUCCUGACUCAAACUCAUGGAAAUUCUGAUGCAGGAUUACCACGACCAGGUUCACCUUGUAUAGUUUGUACCGGGGAUGAAACUGAUGCAGGUCCAACAAAUGGUCAUGCUACUACUUCGACAGAUCCUAAAGAUGAGUAGGUCUUAACAACCUGACACUUACCAGUUGGAAUCCAGUGCAAAUUAUUUUAUUUUCAUUUUUUUUAUGUUGAAGUAAUGGUCUGUUUGUUGUCAUCUUUAGUAAUCUUUUUGUGGUUUAUUCAUUAAGUGUUUGAAGUCGACUAGCGACGGAUUGAUUGCUGCUUUGCAGCAUGGUGACAAAUAUCUAGUUUCAAUCAUGUAUGUUGGAUUCUGCAGUAAGGCAUAUUGAAAAUAACUAAAUUUAGAAAACCACCAAGGAUUAAAAAUUGCUUUUGUACCCCUAAACCAGUAUUACCAGGCAACUUUGCUUACCUCAGGUGCUCAAAACAUUUGAAGUUGUGUGCAUGUCAUUUACAAAUUAGUAUUGUUAAAGUUCAGAUAGGACUUUUUGACAUCUUUAUUUAUGAUUUUCUUUUGCUAGAGCAUCAGUUUUGGGUUUAAAGCAUCUUACACAAAUUAAAGUGAGGAGGAGUAGUGUUUUGUUAGAGGCAUCCACUCAAUUUGUAAUGGAUUGAAUACUUGUUUGCUAAUGAGUUGAGCAACACUGAUGUGAUGUUCCUGAUUUAGGGGUUCAAGUGCAUCUUAUUAUUGAGUAUUUUUUUUUUUACUUGCAAUACAAUCUACUGUGCAGCCAAGAGAACCAGAUACAGUAUAUUGUGGCUGCAUGUGGUGGUUAUAACUUAAUGUUGCCAGAUCUGAAAUUGAUUUUUUGUUAUGACUAGUUUUCAUGUUUGCUUAAACACUUACAAAGUGGCACCAUCACAUGACCAUGUCUUACUGUUGCUUAUUAUGUGAUUAUGCUCCACAGUGGAAUAACCUGACAAGGAUAAUGAAGUACAAAAUUAGAUUCUCUUGAAUGAUUUGAUUGUCCCUUCAGAUCAGCUAGCAUUAAGUCAGGAUGAGACUGUAGAAGCAUUCACUUCUUUAAUUAAACAACUAUAGUUCCAAAGUCAAACCUGUGAUGUCACCUAACAGUUGUAGGUCACAGGUAGUGUGUGUGUGUGUGUGUGUGUGUUCUUUUCAUACUAGUGGAAGGGAUCUGGUCACAUUGUUGCCUAUUUGUUAAAUGUCAUGGAUAUGUUUGUUCUACAGGGUAUCUACCAUUCAGUGUAAAUAGUAACUUAUAUUUAUGUUUUUCAUCUUCUCAUUCCUGUAGUGUCCAUAGGAACCAACUUUUCAUUAAAGGUGGCAGUUAGAUGUUUUGAGACUUGUAUGGUUCUUCACUAAGGUUAACCUGUUUUGUAAAAAAGGAAGUCGACCUUUUGAAAUAUCUGAUUUAUAGACUUCUUGUUGCCCAAGUCACAGUUAAAGAUAGCAUUUGGUGCCCAGAUUACAGUAUUAAUAUUUUUUUAACCUCUGUGUUAUAAACAAAUGCCAAGUGUUUGAUCCAAAAGUUAUCUUGUUGUUUAUUUAAAAUGAUUUUUUUUUAUAUAAACAUAGGUAAGGACUUUUUUUUAUGGGCAUCUUUGUGAACAAAUUAUGGAACAAAGAGUGCAUUUAUUUGUUAAAUAAUAUGGUUCAAGUGGAAUCCUGUUGUAAAGUAA